AUGGUGGGGGUGUAUGUGGACUAUGAGGAGGGUCAGGUCUCCUUUUACAGAAUGGAGGACAAGUCUCAUAUCUACACUUUCACUGGAUAUAAAUUCAGUGAGAAACUCUUUCCAUUCCUCAGCUCAGGCUUCUCGUACCACAUGUUUUUCCAUGGAGAUCUUCCUCAUCUGGACACAACCACAGUGUGGGGGAAGGGCCUCUUUCUGUCAAAUUUAACUAUUUCGCUUAUAUUUGGCAAUGUUUUAAUAUACGAGUUAACAGCUCGCUCUUCUAAAUUUGAGGUUCUUGGUCCAGCUGAUCCUGUAGUUGCUGUAGCUGGUGAAGAUGUUGUUCUGCCCUGUUACCUCAAACCCAACAUCAGUGCUGUGGACCUGAGCAUCGAGUGGUUCAGAGUUCAGACCAAUAACCCUCUUGUACAUCUUUACCAAGCUCAUGAGGACAGAAAUGAGAAGCAGAUUCCAUCUUACAGGGGAAGGACGUCACCGUUCCUCGAACAACUGAAGAAUGGAAACACUUCAUUAAAAGUGAAUAAUGUGAGAGGAUCUGACAAUGGAGAGUAUAAAUGUUUGGUCCAGUCUGCAGAAUGGUAUGAUUAUUAUUCCAUUAAUGUUAAAAUUAAAGCUAUAGGAACCCAUCCAGUGAUCUCCAAUGAGGGAUAUAAAGAAGGAGGGAUCAGUCUGGUGUGUGAAUCUAAAGGCUGGUACCCUCAGCCUCAAGUGGUCUGGAUGGACAGUGAAGGACACAGUCUCCCUGCUGGACACCCAGAGACACAGACAGACAGUAUGGGUCUCUUCACCGUGAGACGACGUGUUAUUGUACAGGAGACAGAGACCAACAGGUUCACCUGUCGAGUUCUACAGAAGGAGUUUGGUGAAGUGAAAGAAACAGUCACAGACAUCCCUGGUGAGAUGUUCCAUCGUGCUCAUCCCUGGAAGGUGGCCUUUGCUGUCUUCUUCUCUCUGGGAGUUCCUGCUAUCAUCAUAUUGGCUGUUUUAAUUCCUCGCUAUAUGAAACAGCAAAGAGAAAAAGUUGAUGUGACUCUGGACCCUGAUACAGCACAUCCUAAACUCGUCCUGUCUGCGGACAAGAAACAAGUGAGACAUGGAGACAGAUGGCAGGAUCUCCCUGACAAUCCAGAGAGGUUUACAUGCCUGAAAAGUGUCCUGGGAAAAGAGGGUUUUUCUUCAGGGAAACGUUACUGGGAGGUGCAGGUUGGGGAUAAGACUGAGUGGGAUUUAGGAGUGGUCAGAGAGUCUAUCAACAGGAAGGAAUAUUUUGCACUCAAUCCUAAUAAUGGUCUCUGGGCCCUCAGACUGGGGAGUGGGAAGUACGAGGCUCUCACUGACUCCCCCGUGUUGCUCCACCUGAGUGUGAAGCCCCAGAAGGUGGGGGUGUUUGUGGACUAUGAGGAGGGUCAGGUGUCCUUUUACAGAAUGGAGGACAAGUCUCAUAUCUACAUUUUCACUGGAUAUAAAUUCACUGAGAAGCUCUAUCCGUUCUUCUGGCCAGGUGCCCCAAACUCAGCCCCACUGAUCAUAUCUCCUGUGAGUCACACAGACUGA